AUGCCCGCUACAUUGGCGGCCCCGUAUAGAGGUUUUGCUGUUACUUACUCCCACGCGGAUAAACCCAACGAUCAUGAUUUGAUGUCCUACGAUGAGGCCCAUUCGCAGCCGCGGGACAGGCUCCUAAGCGGACUUUCCUACCACUCUCAAGACGCCAACGCAUCUCACUUUGGGCACAUGCAGGCAGUCCUACCUCCUUUACCAGAGCCCCAUACAACCGGACAUCACGAGGUGCAUCCGACUUUCGCCUCGGGUCAUCAACUGCUUCACCCACACCCAUACAACUACGAUAUAUCUUACCCGUCUGAAAGCAGGAAACGAUCUCGCUCCGGAAGUGACGGAGGUCACCAUCACCAAAUGGAUCGCAAUAUGGUUCACCCGCAGCCUACUCACUUAAUGCCUCUAGAUGGCCCGGGUUCGGCUCCCGAGGCGGACAUGCUGUAUCCCAUUCAAACCGAUCCUUCGGGAUCCCAUGUCUCGUCCGCCCACAGCUAUGCUUCCCCAGUGUCCCUUUCGCUUCCCCUUCCAGUACCUCUUCCAAUUCUGCAGCAGCAUCACCACCACCGACUUCCGGCCCAGGCGAACUUGAGGGAUCGGUCGAAUGUGCAAGGGCCCCCGUGUAUGGUUGGUCAACCAGGCAUGCCUCCUCCGGCUCCGAGGCCCAGUGGACCGAAGCUCAAGUUCACACCUCGAGAGGACUCACUACUGGUGGAGUUGAAGGAGGAUAAGAAUUUGGCUUGGAGGCAAGUUGCGGACUUCUUCCCUGGAAGGACGAGUGGGACCUUGCAAGUUCGAUAUUGUACGAAGCUGAAGGCCAAGGAUGUGGUUUGGACAGACGAGAUGGUGGAACGACUUCAGCACGCUAUGAAGGCCUAUCAGGUUGACCGCUGGCGGAUCAUUGCAUCCAAGGUUGGGAAUGGUUAUACCCCGUUGGCAUGCAAAAAGCGGGCUAGGCAGUUUCCACCUGAGCCUGAAGAGGAGGAUGAGUAUGAGGAUGACUGA